AUGCCGCGGCGCCUGCAGCCCCGGAGCGCGGGCACAAAGGGCCCGCCUGGCGCGACCGCGGCGGCUUCGGAGGCCGCCUCGCGUCCCCACGCCUUGGCCUCCGGGGACUCUCCGGCAUCCGCCAAGCCGCUGCUGCGCUGGGACGAGGUGCCCGACGACUUCGUGGAGUGCUUCAUCCUGUCAGGCUACCGGCGGCUGCCGUGCACGGCGCAGGAGUGCCUGGCCUCGGUGCUGAAGCCCACCAACGAGACGCUCAACUUCUGGACGCACUUCAUCCCGCUGCUGCUGUUCCUGAACAAGUUCUGCCGCCUCUUCUUCCUGAGCGGCCGCGACGUGCCCUUCCACCACCCGUGGCUGCUGCCGCUGUGGUGCUACGCGUCGGGCGUGCUGCUGACCUUCGCCAUGAGCUGCACGGCGCACGUGUUCAGCUGCCUGUCGCUGCGCCUGCGCGCCGCCUUCUUCUACCUGGACUACGCGUCCAUCAGCUACUACGGCUUCGGCAGCACCGUGGCCUACUACUACUACCUGUUGCCAGGCCUGAGCUUGUUGGACGCCCGGGUGAUGACCCCAUACGUGCAGCAGCGCCUGGGCUGGCACGUGGACUGCACGGGGCUCAUCGCCGCCUACCGCGCGCUCGUGCUGCCCGUGGCCUUCGUGCUGGCGGUGGCCUGCACCGUGGCCUGCUGCAAGAGCCGCACCGACUGGUGCUCUUACCCGUUCGCGCUGCGCACCUUCGUCUUCGUCAUGCCGCUGAGCAUGGCCUGCCCCAUCAUGCUGGAGAGCUGGCUCUUCGACCUGCGCGGGGAGAACCCCACACUCUUCCUGCACUUCUACCGCCGCUACUUCUGGCUGGUGGUGGCUGCCUUCUUCAACGUGAGCAAGAUCCCCGAGCGCAUCCAGCCGGGCCUCUUCGACAUCAUCGGCCACAGCCACCAGCUCUUCCACAUUUUCACUUUCCUCAGCAUCUACGAUCAGGUGUAUUACGUGGAGGAGGGCCUGCGCCAGUUCCUCAAGGAGCCACCAGACGCGCCCACCUUCCUGGGCACUGUGGGCUACAUGCUGCUGCUGGUUGUCUGCCUGGGGUUGGUCAUCAAGAAGUUCCUCAGCAACGCCGAAUUCUGCAGUAAAAAGUGAGCCUCCUCCUUGGGGGAGGCUGCCGGCUCGCCCACCAGUUUGUUGGGAGUUUCUGUUGUUGGUUUGUUUUGAAGUUUUGUCGUGUUUCCUUCUUUGCUUGAGGAAGGUGCUGCGAAACCACAGGGGGGAAAGUCCAGCAAGGCAGGAGGGUCUCAGCGCACCUGGGGCUUUGGAAGAGGGAGGUGGGCAAACGGGAGCGAUAGGGCAGCUGGUUCUUGUCCUUGGAGAAAAUUCAGAUGGUGUCUGUGGCAUCAGGGAUUCUUCUAAGGCAGCGAAUAAAACCCCCACUAAAACCCCAAAUGGUUCGAUUUUCCAGUCGUCUUCUCUGCCAGAGGUAAUUGCAAGUGACCGUUGUGAGGUCAGGCAUGGAGUAAAGAGGGUAAGUAGACGAAAUCCCUGGGUACUUCCAUUUGGUUCUGAGGAAUGCUUGCAUUUGUCUAGGAAUAGACCUUUGUAGAAAAUCAGCACAGAGACACAAACCCAGGGUUUAACCUGCUAGAAAAUGCAUGGACUGUGAACACAUGUUAAUUAUUUCAAAAUGUUUUCUCAGAUGUUAUUUAAAUAGUAAUAUAUACAAUGGUUUUUCAUAAUUUAUCAAAGCCUGUUAUCUGCACUGAAUUUUCUUGUUGUGUAGUUUUGAAUUUUGCAGCCCUUCUGCAUUGCAUACACUUGAACUGGACAUCAGGGCAAGCUGCUUGAGACUUCUCAGCUACUUUUUUUACACAGUAUUUUUUUGGAGACCUGUGUGUGUCUUGAUACAACUGUGAAUUAUUCUACCGUAGGGACUCUGGUUAAACUAUUGAGAGGAAGCUAAGUGGUUUGUAUAGAUCCCAGAUUCCUGUUUACUUUAAUGUAUUCCAUAAAACCCACCUGAUUUUUUUUUUUUUUUUUUGCUUUCUUUUUAAUCUUAUUCUCUCCUUCUCUACUGAUUUAAAUUGCCACUGGAAUAAAUGUGCCUUUUGAAGCAAUGCCCAAAUGACUGGUCCUCAAAAAUAUCAAUGGUUUCUCACAUGGGGAGAGCAGUAGGAGUAAGCUUUUCUUACUUGAUUGCAAAUCGAGGUUUAACAUUCCACUCAGGAGGGAAGGAAGAUGGUGCUGGUUGUUUUUGGUAGGACCGAAAGUUGCUUACCAGGACAUGCAGAACAUUUGCCUUCUCUACAAGGAGAAGAAACCAACCCACUACUGUAGCUAUGGUUCCUAAUGUAGUCACUGGAGAACGUGACUGUGCCCAUCUAUCCUUGCUUAAAAUUAAAAUCAUAGUAUUCAGGAAUAAAUUUGGCAGUUGUGUUAUGAAAAAUCAGGAGUAUGUUAUUUGAGUUGUAGUUUAAGCCAAAUAAGAUGACCUUUGCCUAGUUAAGCACUGAAGUCUCAUUUGGGUCCAGACUAUGGAAAUGAACGGCAGUCACCCUAAGUCUUUGAAAAAUUUGGGAAGCACAUUCCUGAGAUCCUGUCUGACAACCACAUUGGCCAGUGUUACUUAAGAUAGUUCUCGUAAAUGCUAUCCUGGUUCUGAAAUGGCAACUCUAGAUUAACACAAACUAGUGAGGUGAUUUAAAUGCUUAUCACACUUCUGACAAUUCCUUUUGGUGAAGAGCCAAGUAAGUCAUUGAAUGGGGAAGUCUUGACUUCACGGUACAAUUUAGAUCAAGCACAGAAGGUAGAUGAACACUUACCUCAGCACUGGUAGGCUGGCGCUCCUGCCAAGACUGCUGUUUUUGUUUAUGCUUUUAAUCACUACUGUAUUUGUAAACAGAGAGGUUCGGCACAACUCCCUUGAGGAACCAAUAUCCUUGUGUGUUAACUGCACACAGACGUAAACUGCACGUCUGUCCGUAUUUGACUUAGGACCUCUUAAUGGGAUCAUGAAUACACUUUGCAAGUCUGCUGAUAGGUGUCAGUGUCUCAUCUUUGGCAAAGUGCAAGGAGAUUCCUGUUAGGUUACAUUACAGAGACUGAGAGUUGUGCCUGCCACGGAUGUUAAUAACUCAGCUGUAACUUCAUUCCGAACGUGUGCUCAAGGACAGUUGUGGAAAUCAGGCUAUUUCUGCAGGCAAACUCAUUUGCAUGUCAUUGCUGUGUCUUCUAGAACCCCAAAGAAUGUUGGUUUAGAAGCUGGAUGAACAGGUUGAGAAGUAUUUUGGGUCUUCCUGGUAAAAUAGCGACCUCCUUUUUCAGAAGAAACUUUCUAGAGACAGACUUCUAAAAAAUGUCGAUGAGUUUGAGAAAUUAAGCCCGUAUCUGUUGUUUUCAAUUUUUGUUGGCGAUCUUCCAGGUUCUCAAACGAAAUUCUCUUCUUGCCCUGUGUCUUUGUCCUUAAGCAGAGGCCACUUAAGGAUAAAAUUGUACCCAUAUCAUUUUCAAGUGAUUAUGAUGCAUGAGCUCAGUAAGAUGACACACUUUCCCCGGAAGGUUUCUGUGGAGUAAAGUCUCACUUCGUUCCCUUUGUCUCUUCCAUCCUGCACUUUCCCUUUCCUGCUCCAUCUUGGUUUUUUCUGUACCGCAGACAGCGUUGACAAAGGAUAUUCUGGUGGAAAACAGUGGUUUGGCUUUACUCUGUAUUCCCAUAGGAACCCUAUAUACUACAUAAGACCAAGGAAUGAUUUGUGAAACUAUAUAUGUUAUUUGCUAAAUGAUAUCAGAUUUCAGUCAAGGUAAAAGAUGGUUUUUGAGAAUCAGCAAAUAUUUACUCAGUCUCCACAUUUGCAUGGAACUCUCCAGGUGUAUUACAUAUUUCAGGGAUAAUAUGGCAAUCACAACAUAAUUGCUUGUAAAAUAUUUUUUCACGUAAAAUGUUUUUUCCCACUCUCCAUGGAGCUACGUCCUUUAAAAUUCAGUCUUAGUUUAUAGUGUUCAGCUGUUUGAAAUGUAGCACAAAUGAUAAGUCAAAAUGCACUCCCUUAUCUCUGUGCAACCUAUUUCAGCAGUAGAAUUUUGAACCCUAUUAUGUAAUGCAUUUUAUUUUUACUUGUUAGUCAUGAUCUAGGUGACAUCUCAAGGAGCAGUCAUGCCUGGGAAAUGAGGGUGUUUGACUUGCAUGCCUGUCACCCCGUGGGUUGGUCUCUGAAGCUGACUCAGGCUGACUUAAUUGGCCAGGUUGGAGGGCGUCCCCUUCUUUCCUGUCACUCUUGUAUCUGCACCUUCAGGUGAAGAGGGUGACCUUCCCAGAGAGAGGAAGUGAGUUCUUCAGUCAUGUCAUGCCUUGUAAAAAUAAACGUGAUCUUUCCCACUGGCCAUAUAACUUUCUAUAAAUAGCCCGGGAAGAAAGUGUGGGGCUUCACAGCUGGCCAGAGUGGCCUUCCCAUGUUUCCAUUCAUAAAUCCUACCUGUAAGUGAUUGCAGUCAAAACCCGUUUCACCUAAUUCAUCUUACUGCUUCAGGGGAAUCAUUCUGAAGAAUGCAAAAUCUGGGGAUGGAGAUGAUUUUUAUAACUUUUUCUGAUUUGGUGCUGAAUCUGAGAGCUAACAGCAAUAACAAGCAGGGAUUUUAAUCUUCAGAUCUCUUCACAACUUGAUUUAAUAUGCACAAAACUCUAGUAGGAGAAAGAUAUUGAAGGGGUUAUCUCCAUUUCAGGGUUAUACCAUUGGUCCCCUAAGGUGACAUAAUUAGAAUGUGGGGACAGUUGUGUGCUCAAUUAUGUUUACUAAUUCACAUGGCUAUGAUGCCUGGCCAAGCACAUUGACACUAACUGGAUAUAUAUUUUUUCCUCCUUUAAUUCAUUACCUUAUAAUGACAAAACAGCAAGGUUAGAGAUGGCUGUCCUUGAAUUUGGGCUUCCCAGGUGGCACUAGUGGUAAAGAACUUGCCUGCCAAUACAGGAGAUGUAGGAGACACAAGUUCAAUCCCUGGGUCAGGAAGAUCCCCUGAAGGGGGGCAGGGCAACCCACACCAGUAUUCUUGCCUGGAGGAUCCCACAGACAGAGGAGCCUGGCUGAGUAUAGUCCAUAAGGGUGCAGAGUUGCACACGACUAAAGCAACUUCACAGGCACACAUCCUUGAAUUUAGAUUAUAAUGUUGUAAACAAAAUGUUAUUAUUAACCACUUAAGUAGUUAGGUGGUUUUGUCCUCUUGAGUUGUUCUUCACCUAUUGAAGUCUGCCGUUGCUAACUUCAUUCUGUAAGAGUCCUGUGAGCCAAUUUUCAUUUUUUUGUUCAUGUAAUGCCUUCAGUGAUCAUUGAGCACCUUCUGCAUGUAAGAUGCUGGGCCAGGAACAAUCCGUAUCAUUACAGCCGUUACCCUCUGCUGGUGGAACAGAGGUAGGAACACUGGGAAAAAACCCUCUGACCAGGGACCCAACUCUAACCUUGGCCAUAAGCACAAUGUCCUAAGCCACUGUGUUUGGUUCUUUUCUCCUAUUAGUCUAAGAACAACGCAUAGAAUCUUAUUUCAAUUAACAUCUUAAUUUACCCACAACUGAUUUCUUUCUUUUUUCUUUCUUUAGUUUUCUUCCUUCCUUCCCUCCUUUUCUUUCUUUCUGAUUCUAGGUCUGUGUGAAUAUUAUAGGUAAAAAUAACUAGAAAGUUUAAUGUAUAAUCCAGGUGAAGGGAGAGCAGGCAUAUGCACAAAGAACUGAAAAAUUUGUCAUCACUACUAAUUAAUAAAGGUAGUUAAUAAAUAACAAUCACUUUUGGGUUCAUAGUGUUCAUAUCACUAUGAAGUAAGAUUCAUCCAAAGUGCCUAGACUCUGAUAUUAUUAAGUGUGCAUUUUAUAGAUAGUGUAAGUAAAAUUUUUUAAUGUGAACUUAAGUGCUUAUAUCUCCAAAGAUUAGCUAAGAUUAACUGACGUUCUUUAGCUUUUCCCCUUCUUUAGGUAUGUUGUAACCUAUGUACCUUGUUUCAGAAAAAAAUUAACCUGGAGAAAGGUAUCUAGAAAAAAAUAUCAGAUGUGAAAAAGCUAGGAAGCAGGCAUGGGAAAGGAAGAAUGAGGAAGAUUCGAUUCACACAGUCAGAAUGGGACAAGUUUAAUUACGAACAAUUUUGCCUGAGUUUUACAUUUUGUCCCUAGAAAAGCAUGUGCGUUCCCAGGGCGUUCGUGCUCAUAUAGGCAAAUGAAGAAUUCUGUUUGUCAGUCUGACCACAUCCUGUAGGUUUUGACCUGAGCACAAGCACCUCGGUAUAUUUUGAGUAGCACAUGUACGGUGGCUUCGUGUCUUUAAUUUGUCUCCAUAAAAUUAGGACAUAAGGCAGAAAGGCAUGAGGGGAUAGCACCAGCCAAUUUUUAAUCACCUUUUGAAUCAUUUUCUUGAAGGACUGCCAAUACUCUCUGACAUAUAUCUCCUGACAGAAAGCGAAUGAGUCUAGACACACCGAAAAAGGAAACAAUCAUUGGUGGAAGCUGACUACUGCUAUACUAUGUUGUGAUAGUCUGCAUGUCUUCCUACUGAAGACUUUAUUCCUUCAAUAUUAUGAAUAACUAUUUCCUCCUUGUGAAAAUAGAUGUCCACUUUCUUAGUCACUAUUCCAAAAGCCAAUGCAAAUUUUUGUCAUCAUUAGAAAAAGGACAAAUGGAUUGCAUUUCUGGUUUGCAGAUUUCUAACCAGUUUGUGGACUUUUUGUUCCCAAAUAGCUUCUUCAGAGUCUGUCAGUGAGUUGCAGAAUUAGAGUGUUUAUUUAUAGGUCACAGGCCAAGAAUGCUUAUUUGGCUGUUAAUUGUGGCAGGAUGUGACUUUUUAAAGCUCUGAACACAUACCUAGAUGCAACAGAAAUGCUCACAUAUUGACUAUUUAACUCACUGUAACACAGCUUUGGGUUUGAGCUUUUGAAAAUGUUUCCAAUGUACUAUACUUCUAAAUGCAGAAGCUUCUAAAGCUUCUAAAUGCACGACCUUUAAUAUUUUUUGUUCUUGAACAAUCUCUGAAAGCUGUUCCAAACUAGGCACUUCUUGAAUGUGUAACAUUAUUCUCGAAAGUGUAAAAGUGGCUGGCCACCUUUCUCAUGCCUUAUACUCCACCUAAAAUAUGCAAUAAGCACUCAAGCAGGAGUCGGGGGUGGGGAGUGUCUUUGGAUGGUUUUUAAACCAUUCUGAAGAAACAGCCCUUCUCCUCACAGCUCACCACAACCUUGAGAAAGGACCCCGUGUAAAUAACCCUUGUUUCCAGAUGAAAAACAGGAACACAUUGAUUUUAUUUCUUCUUUUAGGUCAAUCUCUAGUUAGAUAGCAUGAUCUGUUUGUAGUAUGCUGGAUGCAAAAAUGAAAAUUUUUAGAGAAGUAUUCUAAUUUUAUAUUUAAAUGUUUAUAAUAGCAAUUUGUUUGUAAAAACUGGCCUUAGCACACAGAAGAGAACCAGCGCUUUUUGGAAAGCCUCAUCUUUGUCCUGGGAAUUUAAUCACCUGGAGCUCUUACCCAAAUGAUAAAGACCUAGGAGGUCUUGAAACAUGUAAAUAGUGUAUAGUUUAAAGAUGGAUAAAAAUCAUUUUCUAAAAAAGAAGAAAACAGGUCAGCUAUGUUAUAGGUGUGUCACCAGGCUGCAUCUAAGUCUUUUCAAAAUUCUAUGAUAGUUAGAAAUGUCAUUAAAUGCACUCUUCCAACAAGGCUGAGCACAGACGGUCUACUUUUCUACCAGGUUUGUUUCCUUUUAUGGAGGCUAUGAGCAAAACUAAGCAACUGAGUACCAAGGCAAUACAGAAAUGAGGUCCAAUUCACUUUGAUGAGGGUUCAAUCAUAAACAUAGUAGGCUUGUGGAUAACAUAACCAGGAACAUGUGCAGCCCUGGACACUCCACUCCUGGUUUCUCUGGAGCAGAAAGAAGAAUAAAGCCUCAUGCCAUCCAGGAAAAGGCUCUAUUUCAGGGAUAGGGGAGGAUACCAUGCCCACUCUUCUCUCUAAAUAAAGCACGUGCUAGCUCUGAGUUCUGUCCAUUUCAGCUUUCUCCCAGACUGUGUCCACCACCCUCAAAGCCUUCACUUGCCACAAACUCAGCCUUGAAGACAAAAGGUUUCUAAAAGGGUUCCAUGUGUAUUUAGGCCUUCUCAAACCAUCUGCCUUAGGAGGUUCAUCCAUUUCUAAAGUAAGGAUUUAAGUACAAUGACUGCACUCAGAUUUACAAGGAUGCACAACCAGCAGGUUCCCAUUUGCAGCCAUUAAUUGAAGAGCUGUACACAUUUUCCCCCCCUUCAGGUCAGAGGCAGAGAAAGGAUUUACCAGUGACCAACCAGAGACCUCCUUGUGUCAGUAUUUUUUAAGUUCAUUUAAUGGUGUUAAUGGAGAAAGGGGAGAGUAGAGGAAAAUGCAGGCAUGAAAAAAGACACUGAAUGUUUUUCCACUGCUUGUUAAAUUAAUUCUUCUUAAGCAACCUUAAGUCCAGUCACCACCUACAUCCUGAACAGCUGUGUUUAGCUAGCUGGCGAGGCUUUCUCAGGGUGUGUGAACAGAUACUACAGUAUGGUUUCAAAUCGUUGGUGAAUUCUCCCAGAAAAGCAUUAUUUAAUCAUAAUCCCAUAUGACCUGAUACAUUAAGCAAAAAUAGUCCAUAGAAAGAGCUAUCACUUGGUCAGUUCUGUGCAUGUAGCUGAACAAAAAUCAUGAGUCAUGUCUGUUGUAUAAUUUGCCAUGAUUUCAGUUUCUUGAGACAUUCGUUCCCUAUGGUCUUGAAUAUGAAAAUUUGUAUAAAUAACUAUGCAUUUUUUGCUGAAAAACAAAUGUAUGAAUUAAGAAUAAAUUAUUUGUA